CUUGUGCAUCUCUACUUUGUCUCAGCACCGGUGCGGAACUAGCGCCGAACCAGCUAGCGCCGAACAGCGUACUCUCUCUCCGCGGUCGCCCCCUCCUCCGCGGUCGCUCGUUGCCCUCACCGCCCCAAUCGUUCUCUCCGCGCGCCUUCCGCUCUCUGCCCCGCGAGCUCGCUCCUCUCGCACCAUGCCCUCUCCCCCUCGCGCAUCCGGCUCGUCCACCCCCCGCUCCGCCACGCCGACGUAUGGCGUCGACGAGACGCUCAAGAGCAACAGCGCGGACGAGCGUGUGCCCUACGUCGUGCAGAAGUAUGGCGGCACGUCGGUCGGCAAGUCGCUCGACUCGAUCACGGGGAUUGUUGAAUCAUACCUCGCGUCGCACCGCGUCGUCGUCGUCUGCUCCGCGCGCUCGACGCAAACCAAAGCGCUCGGCACCACCAACCUGCUCCUCCAAGCGUCGCGCGAGGCGCUGCAGUCCGCGUCCGCGCGGCCCAGCGCGAGCGGCUACCAAACCCCGCUGUACCCGAAGCGCGUGGGCAGCGGCUACUUCUCGCAGAGCGUCAUGUCGUCGCUCGCGAGCCUCAACGACGCCGGCGCGGCGGGGCGCAGCGCCUCCCCCUCCCCCUUCCAGCCUAGCGGGCGCGCGCGCGCCAACACCGACUCGGGCGCCGACACGCCCACCGAGUGGGCGGGCGAGUUCGAGGCCGGCUUCAAUGCUACCGUGGACACGAUUAAGCGCGGGCAUCUCGCCGCCGCGCGCCAGGCGCUCUCGCGCGGGCCGUUGCGCGACGAGCUCGAGGACGAGAUCGAGCGCGACUGCGAGGCCCUCCGCGCCUUCCUGAAUGCCGCGAAUAUCAUCGACGAGAUCUCGCCGCGGUCGCAGGACUCGAUCAUCGGCACUGGCGAGCGGCUAGCGUGCAAGAUUGUCGCGGCCGCAUUGAGGGAUCGCGGCAUUGACUCUGAACUCGUGGUGCUCGACAACAUCGUCGACCAGUCGAUGACGUCGGCCAUGGACGCGGCGCUCACGUCGUCGGGCGACCAGGGCGUGUCGCAGCUCGGCCAGGCCUUUUAUGACGAGCUUUCGAAGCGUCUCGGCGCACGGUUGCGCGAGUGUGGCCAGCGCGUUCCCGUCGUCACUGGCUUCUUCGGACCCGUCCCAGGCUCGCUCCUCGCCCAGAUCGGGCGCGGCUACACCGACCUCUGUGCGGCGCUCUGCGCCGUCGGCGUGCAGGCCGGCGAGCUCCAGGUGUGGAAGGAAGUGGACGGCAUCUUCUCCGCGGACCCGCGCAAGGUGCCCGGCGCGCGCCUCGUGCCGUCCAUCACGCCCGACGAGGCCGCCGAGCUCACAUACUACGGCUCCGAGGUCAUCCACCCCUUCACGAUGGAGCAGGUCAUCCGCGCCAAGAUCCCCAUCCGCAUCAAAAACGUCGAAAACCCCAAGGGCUCGGGCACCAUCAUCUUGCCCGAGUCCGACUUGAGCGCGAGCGUCGACGGCCUAGACCGCCUCCCCACCGCUGUGACGAUAAAGGACCAGAUCCUGGUGCUCAACAUCCACUCGAACCGCAAGACGAUCUCGCACGGCUUCCUCGCGCGCAUCUUCGGGACGCUCGACCGGGCCGGCGUCGUCGUCGACCUCAUCUCCACGUCCGAGGUCCACGUCUCGAUGGCGCUGCAAGACUUUGGCAACGCGCGCCGGCUUGAGCGCCUCGUCAAGGACCUGGAGAAGAUCGGCGAGAUCACCAUCUCGCGGGACAUGGCGAUUCUCUCGCUCGUGGGCAGAAACAUGCGCAACGCCAUCGGCUCGGCGUCGCUCAUGUUCAGCGCGCUCGCGCGCGCCCAAGUCAACCUCGAGAUGAUUUCGCAGGGCGCAUCCGAGAUCAACAUCUCGUGCGUGAUAGAAAACAAGGACGCGGUCAAGGCGCUCAACGUGAUCCACGACUCGUGCCUCAGCCACAAGCCGGUGGGCGUGACGCGCGGCGACGGGCACGCCAAGGCGCUGACGCGCGCGUCGGUCAACCCGGCCGUCCUGCACGUCGAGUACGCGGUGCGCGGCGAGCUGUCGCUCAAGGCCGACGACCUCGCGCACAGACUGCAGGCGGGCGACACGAGCCUGCCCUUUGACAAGAUUCUGUACGCCAACAUCGGGAACCCGCAGGAACGCGAGCUCAAGCAGCAGCCGCUGACGUACUGGCGCCAAGUGGCGGCGCUGGUCGAGUAUCCCGAGCUGAUGGCGCAUCCGCUCGCGGCCGAGCUGUUCCCGGCCGACGCGAUCGCCAAAGCCGGGCAGCUCGUGGACGAGUUCGGCUCUGUCGGCGCAUACACGGCGUCCAAGGGCUCGCUGCCGAUCCGGAAGCGCGUCGCGCAGUUCAUCGAGCGCCGCGACGGCUUCCCCGCCGACCCCGAGCAGAUCAUCCUCACCGGCGGCGCGACGCCCGCCGUCGCCAUGGUCAUGGACCUCGCCCUGUGUCCCGGCGACGGCGUGCUCAUCCCCAUCCCCCAGUAUCCGCUGUACACGGCGACGCUGUCGCACCUGCAAGCCACGCCGGUGCCGUACCACCUGGACGAGGCGCGGGGGUGGGCGCUCGACGUGCCGAGCCUGAAGAAGGCGAUCGCGCGCGCGAAAACCAACCCGUCGCUGCGCCAGCUCAAAGCCCUCGUCGUCAUCAACCCCGGCAACCCGACGGGCUCGUGCCUCUCCGAGGCGGACAUGCGCGAAAUCGUCCAGCUGUGCUACGACGAAAGCCUCCUCCUCCUCGCCGACGAAGUGUACCAGAACAACGUGUACGACCCUGCGCGCCGCCCGUUCGUGAGCUUCAAAAAGGUGCUGCGCUCGAUGCCGGCGAUCGCGGACGCGGUCGAGCUCGUCUCCCUCCACUCGAUCAGCAAGGGCGUGAGCGGCGAGUGCGGCCGCCGCGGCGGAUACCUCGAAGCCGUGAACCUCGACCCCGAGGUCGACGCGCUCCUCCUCAAGAUGGCGAGCAUCAGCCUCUGCGCCCCCGUGCAAGGCCAAGUGGGCGUGGACCUCCUCGUGUCGCCGCCGCCGCCCGGCGCGCCGUCGCACGCCGCGUACGCGCACGAAAGCGCCGCCAUCCACGAGGGCAUGAAGGCGCGCUCCAAGCUCAUGGCAGAGCGCUUGAACCGCCUCGAUGGCGUGACGUGCCAGCCCGCCGACGGCGCGAUGUACCUCUUCCCGGCGCUGCGGCUGCCGCCCAAGGCCGUCGAGGCCGCGCGCAAAGCAAACAAGGAGGCGGACACGUUCUAUGCCCUCGCCCUGCUUGAUGCGACGGGCAUAUGCGCCGUCGCGGGCUCCGGAUUCGGCCAGGAGGACGGCACGUACCAUCUGCGCGUGACGACGUUGUGUCCCGACGCCGAGGAGAUGAUGACGCGCAUCGAGGCGUUCCACAAGCGCUUCAUGGCCAAGUAUGCGUAGCGGAUGGAGGAGAGAUCGGAGGGAAGGCGGGGGUGUGCAUAGAUGUCAUGAUGUAGUGCAAUGCCAUGGGACCAGGUGG